AUGGAGCAUCAUCUGUUCCGUGGUCCAGUACCUAUCCUGCAAGAAUACGAAAGUUACGAGGACUACAAGAUUGCUACUGAUCGCUGGAAUGACUAUGUUGCUGUCGGAUCGAAGACUGAGAACAUGAGGAACUGUCUUGACUACGCUCUAGUCGGGGUUUCCCUGACCGACUGGGUACCUUUGUUGGCUGGAAACGAUAGCCAGUUCAAGUGCGUGGAUUUUCCACUGUACCAUCCUGAUCUGAAGUUCAAGAAGAUCUCGUCAUUCCUGGGAGAGGAUGAAACAGGGCCUGGAGAGUUUACAGAGGACGAAAGCCAGUAUUUCUCAUGCGUGGGCCCAGAGCGGCAGGCAUUGUCUAGAUAUCUCACGAUGGUCACUGAAAUGAAUCCAACCUUUGUUGCAGAUAUGAGGCUCUGGAAGUGCAUUACGGCAUAUUUAAACGAGCGGGAAUCUUUUAUGUACCUUAGGGAUCAGGAGCGGACACCAAGCAGGAAACGCAAGCUGGACUACUGUGUUUGA